AUGGAAGGUGGAUAUGAUCCAAAACGCGUGGCAGAGCUUCAAGAGCAAAUGAAGCAUCUGUCCGCGGAAGAAAGAGAAGCUAUUAGAAAUGAAAAACUUGCGGAGCUUGAGGACCUUCAGAACUUUAGGAACAUGGAGCAUAAUGAGGGCUCAACCUACAAAGAAAUGACAAUGGAGGAAUUCGAAAACCACCCUUUAUUCAUGGAUCCUAAUCAUCUGUACACACAAGACGAAAUCGACGACAAUGAAUUCCUCCAACAAAUGCAAGCAAUGAAAUACUCGGAUGGUGACACGCUUGAUGAACAAGCGGAAGCGUAUAAAUCAGAUGGAACUUUUCAUUUCAAGUGCAAAUUGUACAAGAAGGCAUGCGUCGCGUACUCUAAGGAAAGAUUGCACCAGAAUUUUGGAAAAAUAUUUGCGAUGGAAGAGAAUCUGGAUAAUCUGAGACAAGGCUAUAACGAUAAAUCCACCAGACAAGCAACUUCUUGGACAAUGUUAUAA